CAGGUGUGGACUGGGCCCUCUGCAACGCCCACUUCGAGCCGCCGAGCCUUGCGGAUGCCGUUGUGGAGCUGAACGGGGUGCAACUACCGGACACCUGCAUCCGUUCCAAGGACUCGGCAAGCACAUCGUGUUCAUCAUCGGCGACUGGGGCGGCCUCUACGACCCGAAGCAGGGGCCCGUGCCGGCGGACCACCGGAAGGAGGGCGUGCACAAGCGGGACUUCGUCGACGGCCUGGACGACCGGGCGCAGCAGAGGGUCGCCGAGCAGAUGAUCAAGGGGGCCGAGAGGCUGCACCCGGACUACAUCAUCAACGUCGGGGACAACUUCUACUGGGGCGGGGUGGAGCAGCCGUGCUGUGCGACGCGCCUCGAGAACAUGGACAACUUCUCGGCCCAGUGGGACGACGUCUUCGAGAGGAUCUACACCGGCGGCGGCAUCGACGGGCUGCAGUGGCUCGGCGUGCUGGGCAACCACGACUACGGCGGGUUCCUCUACGGCAACGCCUGGGACCAGGCCAUCCUGUACACGUGGAAGGAGCGCGCGGGCGGCAAGCCAAGUCGUUGGGUCACCCCUGCCCUCUACUGGCGGAGCACGGUUCAUUACGUGGACUUCUCGGUGGAAUACUUCUUCCUCGAUACCAACAUCUACGACGCGUGGGAACCGUUCACGAAGAUGAACUCGAACAUCUGCAGCUUCGCCCACAACCCUCACAAGUUCGGGGAGACAGAUUGCUCGGCUGAAGGUGGACCAGCUGGGACUAGAGACUGCAAGGCUUGGUUCGACCAGCUGUGGCUGGAGCAGCUGGAAUGGCUCCACCUGCACUUGUCGAACUCUUCAGCCGACUGGCAGAUCGUAGUCACGCACUUCCCACCAAACUACGACCCAGUCCUGUUCAGGAGUCUGUCCGAUGACUACGGCAUAGAUGCUUUCCUGACUGGCCAUCUGCACCGGCAGGAGGUCCACGGUGACGACGACACGAAUUUCUUGGCCCCGACCGUCUGGGUCGUGUCCGGAGGCGGGGGGGGCAUCACGUCUGACUACGCGCCCCACCUGGCCGGAGACUCGCAGUACGGCUACAUGAGCAUGACGCUGUCAAAGGACAAGAUCGAGAUCGUGAACAUCGACCACGCGGGGAACGAGGGGGACAGGGCGGUCGCCUUUCCGCGGCACUGCAAGAACUGCUCCAUGGAGCACGUGCAGCGCAACCGGCAGCUCUACGAGGACGGGAUCGAGGCGCGGGGACGACUGGUCGACCGGACGGUGACAACGACAACCUUCGCGCAGGACGCGAUGUUCGCACAGUCGGCGCCGACCUCUACUACAACCUCGACGAUACCAGCGGCGGCGCAGGAGGCACCCUUCGACUGGCGGGUGGUAGUGUUGUUUUCGACGAUCGGUGCGGUGGCCUUGCUGGGGGGCGCCACCAUUAUGCUCAGCAAGUCGCUUGUUGACAAGCCACGGUGGCCUGGCUACGACGGCCUCCGACGCCGCCCGGCUUCCGCCAAGCAGUCCUUGAUUACACAAGGAUGGGCUCAGACGGAGUUGCCAGCGAUGGAUGCGAACGAUUUCUACUAGCAGGUCUCGCUCUUGUGUAGGUUUCGAGUCGUGCAGGACCGAGCUAUACGGCGCCAUUUGGCAGGAUGCCAGCUUUCGGUACCUGGUUACUUCCAGCAAGGGCGGACGGGCUGUGACCACUGGGGUGACAGGCUUCCGCACGUCUCUCUAAAUGGAGGCUGGAGGCAUGGUUUUGACCACGGGUGUGACAUAUUUGCCUGCUUCACCUUAGCUUCACCUUAGGUGAUGUGAAUUCUGCAGGCUGCUGUCGUACGUGUUCUGCUUAGGGAGCUCAUUGUUGCUCUUCUCUCCUCAUCGUCGCCGCCCCCCUCCCUGUCCCCCUCAUAUCCUUCUUGUUCCCCACACCCUUCCUCCUCUCGUCUUCGCCGCCUUUCGCCGAGCCUCUGGGGUUAGGGCGCGGCGGGCGGACUCCACGUGAGAGUCGUGGCGCGGCCCCUGCGCCUGCGAGGGCGGCGCGGUGAGGCGUGCCCCCUCUGGCCAGAUCGAUAGGGUGCCUGCUGUCUGCCGGCCCGCGGUCUGGCCGCUGCGCGCCUCGGGCGGUUCCCGCUGCUUGCACGUCGCAGGUGCCCCUCACGCGCUGGUCUUCUAGUUCCACUUGCCGUUCAGUGGGACUUGCACGGGCGUCAAUGUUGCGCCAUCCCUUACCCAUGCCGUAGCAGCUUUCGGUCACAUUGCGAAGUCGCAUUGCGAAGUCGCACUGCGAAGUCGCAUCGCUGAGCAGAAUGCCGAGCUCGCCCAAAAACGAACCACAACCGAUGUAUGAAUGGCGAGGAUCUCAGGAUUCAGAUAGCUAUGACGAGCAUGCACUCGGCCAUUCUUCCUUGCCUCUGGCACGCUGACCGCAAGGGUGGGCCUCGCUGCAGUGCUCCAUGUUGACUGCGACACGGUCUUACUCUCGCAUCCGCAUCGGAGAGUUGAUCCCACGGUCGUCGCGCAUGGCCUGGUUCAUCAUCGCUUGCACUCUGCAUCGCUUCAGCUGUGCGAUCGUUGGGGGAUGGGGCUGCAUGCGCCCGCCUUGCGUGCUCGGGCGAGCAGCGCCGCGAGUCGACCGACCGGCUGCCGGGCGUCGACCACGAAGGUCGCCACUCGCGCUUCGGCCAGGGCGGCGCGGCGAUGGUGCCCUUGUGGAGGGCAGGGAGACCGCGUGAGGGGCGUUGUCGGACGGGGCCAGGGCUCCCGUGGGUUGCCACCGAAAUUUAACACGUGGUGCUGCGGUCUUGCAGAUGAGUGGAAGAACGGCGCUCCCACUACGUGGGAGAACGGUUUAAUUGCAAGCGGGCAAGCGGGAGCGCUCCCGUGGAAAGGCAGUCCGUAGAACGGCACUUUUCCUGACUGGCAGAACGGCCCGGCUAUCCUUCCGCGCGCUGCGAGGGGCGGGGCACGUGAAGCAGCGCCCCCUUCCCCGGCCGCGGGCGCGGACGUCGUCCUCUCGUGCAGGGGCGGCGGCGAGCGCUUCUGGAGCUCCCAGACCC